AUGGGUUUAUACCAAGGUUCUGAAAAUUGGACCAGACCGGCUGGUUCGACCGGUUUAAUUGCGAACCGACGAUGCAAGCAGUCCGGUCCUCCUCUAAUAACUGCUGGGGAGAAAAUCGAUGAACUGGCUAAAAACCGGCCGGUUAAGAACAUGGUUAGUUUUCAUGCUGUUAAUUUCAUUGUUAAUUUUCAUUGUGUUGUGGCUGUUUUUAAUUUUAUUGUGUUGUGGGUGUUAUUAAUUUCAGUUAUAGAAAAUAGUAUUAAUCAAGAAGCAACUGCUGAUAACAAUGCUUUUGUGAAUAAUAACAGGCAUGUCGAUCCUCCUAUUUCAAAUGAUGAUGCUGCUAAUCCUAAUUCCCGUAGUGCUAACGAUAGUCAGUCACAAGGUUCUUCUAACCUUAGGGGAAAAAUAGAUUUAGCUUGGAAAUAUGUUGCUUUACAAACGGUGAAUGGAAAACCACAAUAUCAAUAUUUAUUUUGUCUACAAGUUUUCAAUGGAGAUGGAAUUCACAGGAUGAAGAAAUAUCUAGCAAAGAUUACUGGAGACGUGAAAAAAUGUCCUAAAGUUUCAUAUGAUGUGGAAAAACAGAUGAAAAGUUUGUUGAAAGAAAUUCAGACCAACAAAAAGAAAAAAAAAGUAAGUUUUGGCGAAGAGGGUGGUGAUGAGGUAGAGGAUGCAAUUGAUGAGGCAAUAGCUCAAGAAGAACAGGAACAGCAGCGUACCUCGAGUCAACAAGGAGUUGGAGGCGAUCCAAAGAAAAAAGCCAAAGUCAUUCCUCCUAUGUUUGCACCAAGAACAACUCUAGGAGCUCAACCAAGUAUUAAAAGUGUUCUGCAAAACAAAGAGGCGAUACACGAAGUUGAUAAACGGUUUGCUCGGUGGCUUUUGGAUUGUAAAAUUCCAUUUAAUGCUGUGAUGUUACCAUAUUUCCAGGAUAUGUUGGAUGGUGUUGGUGGUAUUGGACCUGGUUACAAGGGGCCUUCUUAUGAUAAGUUAAGGGUUCAUUUGUUGGCUGAUCUUAAAAGAGAAAGUCAAAUACUAGUUAAUAGUUAUAGGAGUGCAUGGAAGGAAACUGGAUGUACCCUCAUGACUGAUGGUUGGACAGGUCAAAGACAAAGAACGUUAAUCAAUUUCUUGGUGUAUUGUUCUAAAGGUUUGUGCUUCGUAAAAUCAGUAGAUAUGUCCAGUAUGAUUGGCCCUAAUGAUAUUGUGCAUGUUGUGACUGACAAUGCGGCCAAUUAUGUUGCUGCUGGUAGGCUUAUCAAUAGAAAAUAUGAUAAUAUCUAUUGGUCACUAUGUGCUGCUCAUUGCCUUAAUCUUAUUUUGAAAGAUAUAAGCAGCAAGGCCCAUAUUUCUAACCUUGCAACACGUGCUUCAAAGAUCACAAUAUUUGUGUACAAUCAUACGGUUUUCUUAUCUUGGCUAAGACAAAAACCUCGUUGGAGAGAAAUCGUAUGUCCUGGUACAACCCGUUUUGUAACUGUGUUUAUCACAUUGAAGAGUAUCUUUGACCAUAAAAAGGAGUUGCAAGCAUUGGUUGUAGAUUCAAUUUUCACUGAUCACAAAUUAGGAAGGAGUACUACUGGUAGAGCUGUGAGUGCUAUUAUUCUGGAUUGCAAUUUUUGGGACGAUUGCUUUACUGUAUGUAAACUUGUGGGCCCUCUGAUUUACUUGCUGAGGGUUGUUGAUGCUGAUGACAAACCAUCUUUGGGAUAUGUUUAUGAAGGAAUGCUAAGGAUAGAAGAUACAAUUAAGGAGAUGUUUAGGCAAUCCAAGAUUGCAUAUCAGCCGUACACAGAUAUUAUCAACUCAAGAUGGGACAAGCAUUUGAAGAAAGAUCUUCAUGCAGCAACUUACUUCCUGAAUCCUAAAUUCUUUUUUAAUGAAAAUUAUAAAGAAGCACCUGAUGUUAUGCGAGGUUUUCUUGAUCUUGUUACCUUGUAUUGCAAGUGUAAUAAUUUGGAUUCAGUUCAGAUGAAUAGUGGAGGUGAAAUUGAUGCUGAUUUAUAUCAAAGUGGUGGUGGUAGUAGCAGUCUUUAUGCUACAUCUCUUGAUUCUUCUACUCAACAGAGUGGGAAUGAAGGUGAAGAUCAUCCUACCGAAGCAGAUUUGCAACAAGUUCUUGCAGAGUUUGAUAAUUGA